AUGGAGCAGAAGAUCCUGGAGCGCCUGAAGCUGCAAGCCGCCGCCAAAGCGGCGCCGGCGCCCGCCACUCAGCUGGCGGUGCCGGGCACGGCGCCCGCGCCCGCGCCCGCGCCGCCUCCCACGCCGGACGAGCGGUUGGAGCAGCUGAAGGUGGACGGGGCAGAGCUGUGCGGAGACGAGGCCUGGUUUGCCGACGAAGACCUCCGCAGCGAGCUCCGCGCGGCGGUGCAGGAGGCCCACCGGGAGCAAAAGAUCCUCAUCGCCUCCCCUGCGGAAGAGGUUCAGCGCAUUUGUGAGGGGGCGCGGCCGAGCGCUUUGGCGGUGCUGCGGUUGGGCGGGGCCCACCUGGGCGGCUACGGGGAGGCAGACAUCGCCUACUCCUACAGGCAGCUGUCAAGGGCCCUCCACCCGGACAAGAACCCUGACAUACCGCAAGCUGACCAGGCGUUUCACCGCCUCAGCGAGGCGGCGGAGGAGCUGAGGCUCGGCCUGCAGGAGCAGCGGCGCCUGGUGGUUUGGUUCGCAUCAGCGACCGGGCGACAGGUGCCUGACACCAUGGAGAGGCCCCAAGAGACGCUCUUUGCCGAGGCGUCCCGCCUGCUGACGGUGAUCUGCGGCUUGGCAGGGGAAGGCCACGUGCCCACUGCGGCGCGCAGUCGCGCGCUGUCGCUCUUCGCUUCGGCGCAUCAGGGCUGUCGGGUCCCCGAGCUUCUGUGCCUUUGGUUUGAGAGGUCGCAGCUCAUGGAAGCGAUGGCCUCGCCGGCCUUGCGUAUUGCCUAUGACUGUGCAGCCAAGCGCUACCGCGCCCAAUUCCUGUGCCUGCUGAGCCGCGUGCUCGCGGCCGAAGUGCGGCGCAUUGGACGUGGCAUGCCCCGGGACGGGUGGAAGCAGAUGGCGGAGACCUUCCCGGAGCUGGUGCUCUGGCAGGAGUUGCGCGAGCAGUUCUACCAGCGCUGCUGGCUGGAGCCAGACCCUCCUGGCAUGGGAGGCUGCGAUCGCAGCCGCAGCCCCGAGCGGGCCUUGCGCAGCAGGUGGGCUCGGAAGUGGAGGAAGGCCAUGGCCGCCAUCCUGCCGGCGGGCGAGGACACAGCUGCGCCACCAGGCGACCCAGAGGUGUGCAAGCUGGCCCACGUGAUCUGGAAGGACAUCGUGGCCGUGGCAGAGAAGGAAGUGGCGGGAUCCGGACCCAAGCGAGCCCUUGGACGCUUGAAUUAA